AUGAUAAGAAAUGAGUUUGUCAUGUCUUACAAUUUAAACCGUUCUCAUCCCCAUCAAUAUUUUGAGCUGUGGAAAAAAUGUAGAAAUCAACUUGAGAAUAAAAAACAGAGUGACACGAUAACACCGAAUACCCCGAUCAUUCCUCUUGAUCUGUCAGUAUCAUCUAUAGAAGCGUCUACUUCAAACGAGGACGAUUCCAAACUGGAAUCAAGCCAGGCACUGGAAAGGAAUAGUGUUCCCGAAAUCGUCGAGUCUGAAAUUACAAAUGUGGAAACUGAAGAAAUGCAUGCAACUAAUAGUUCAAUUAUAAUAGAUUCGGCAAUCCGACUGCCAUCGGAUAAUUCCAUAUUAUUGGGUGAGACUAGUAUUUUACCCAAUUUACCACCCUUUGAUACAACUGAAGAUGUCAUAGAUUUUAUUAUUCAAAAUGAAAUAGACAUACCUGAUGUGAUACCAUUGCCAUGGUAUGAUACUUUAGAAAUAAUAGUAGAAAAAGACCCCAUUAUUGACGCUCCUAAUAAAUGCUCUUCUCCUCAGAAUAACGCAUCAUCCAUACCAGCCAUUCCCAGUUGCAGCAAUAACACUAAUCAAGCAAAAAAUUCGCUUGAGUCCACAGUUGAUAGACUGCAAUAA